ACAUUUAAUGAUCAUCAUUACAAGAGUCCACAUUCUUCGAAAUAGUGUAAUUGCAAACAGUUCCAUAGAAAUCUGUUUUACCUUCAUUUCUCUUUACCCACGGGUGAAAAUUCAUUCACUCACUAUGGAAAGCUUCACGGCACAAUCAGACUCGACAACUAUUCCUAAUGUACUCACCGCUACAGCUGGUGCCUUAAGGAAGCUACUCCAGGGUGGUAAAGUGAGUUCGGUCCAGCUUGUGGAUCUAUACCUGAGCCAAAUUGAGAGACACAAUCAUCGAGGCCUGAAAUUGAAUGCAAUGAUAAGCACAGCACCCAAGAAAAUUCUACUUGACAUUGCCAAAUCUCUUGAUGAUGAGCGUGCUGCUUGGCAUACCAGAGGCCCCUUCCAUGGCAUUCCUGUUACCGUGAAGGACAGCAUUUGUACUGAUGUGUCUCUGGGAAUGGAUACUGCUUGUGGUUCAUAUGCUUUGGUUGGUUCUAUUCCUCAGCAUAAUGCUCCUAUCAUGGAUCACCUUUUGAAAGCGGGUAUGAUCGUUAUAGGAAAGGCAAACUUAUCAAUAGGCGCUUUGCCGUGCCCUGAAAUGAGUGGCUGGAAAGGGUUUGGGAUAAUAACAGGAUGGUCAGCGGUAGGACAAACACAGUCACCGUAUAUUGUUGGGGGGCUCUUUAAGGGAGAAAAAUUACUCGAGCAGACUGCUCCAGCAGGAUCAUCAUCAGGAAGUGCUUCUGAAGUUGCAACCGGCUUUGCACCACUGGCAAUCGCAACCGAGACAGACGAAUCGAUCACGCAGCCUGCGAACCGUGCAUCACUAUUCGGCAUAAAGGUAAUCCGUGGGUCGUGCAUCGACCGAAGUAUCGGUGGUAUGGCAAAGUCGACACAAGACUUAGCAUACCUGGUAGAUGUCAUCCUUGGCACAAACAUCGCUCCAACUUUGAACACAAGUUGGAAAGGUCAAACUGUUGGCUUUGUGGAUAAUACACUCUGGGGGUUCUCCGAAUUCAUUUGCACCCCAGAUCCUGUGCUCAUUACCCAACAACGCGAAGCUUACAUGGAUACCAAGAAGAAGCUCAUUGAACACGGAGCGACAUUUCACGAAAAUAUUCCUCUGACUUCCGUGGAUGAGCUUCAAAUCGAUGGUGAUGAUGCUCUCGAUCAAUUAUGGAACCAUGAUUAUGCGGAAGCAUGGGAGAAGUUCUUGAAAAACUUUCCUAGAAGUUCAAUGAAAAGCAUUGCAGACAUCGUAAAAUUCAACAAGCUAAACGCAAAGGUUGCUCUGCCUGCGGCCAAGACGAAUGGAAUUUAUAAAACAAUACAUCAAUUUGGUCUUGAUGUAAUUGUUGGACCCAUGGAUGGUCGCAUACCUACCAUUGCCGCCGCAGCAGGCUAUCCAGUAGGCACUGUUCCCUUGGGCUACUCUCAGUCAAAUGAACGUCCAGUUAGACUUGCUGUUGUUGUUCUGGCUAAUAAAGAGCACAAAAUAUUGCAAUUCAUGACUGCAUGGGAUAAAUUCACGCCAUCGCGUUGA